GUUUAGCGCAGAUUAAAAUACCAAAAGAAAUAUAUCAAACUAACUUUAUACGAGGAGUCAGUGGCAUGUGAAUCGUUUUAUUAGAUAUAAAAAGUUGAUGUGUACAGUGGAAAUUUUAGAGAACGAUGAUUGCAACAAAGUUCUGUUUGUGGUUUGCAUUCUGUCUGGUUAGUUUAAAAGCAGUACAAGCUAGGGACAACGACGCACCAUGCCCUGCUUUUUGUGAAUGCGGUACCGUCUUCGGAUUAAAUGAAGUCGAUUGUAGCGGGUUGACCUCUGUCCCUACCGACAUACCUGAAGAUACUGACAUACUCGAUCUUAGUGCUUGUAACCUGUCUAACAUCCCGGUAGAGCCUCUAGCGAAGAUUUCCAGCUUAAAAAUCUUCACAUUUAUGGAAGUUAUCAAAGACGAAGGAAACUAUAAUCUUACAAGUCUAGAUCUCCCAAAUCUAUUUCAAAUUGACGUAGUUAACAGUCCACUAUCCUUUGUUCCACAGCUGUUACCAAGCUAUAUUUCACAAAUGAGCCUAGUUAACAUCACUCUUGGAACACUUGAAAAUGGAAGUUUUCAUAGAUACCCGAAUUUGGAUAGAUUAACUAUAUGGUCUUGUCAGUUAUCACAGAUAAAAUCAGGAGUAUUCGACGAUAUUCCACAUCUGUCCUACCUAGAACUAAAGGAAAACAACUUAGUAGAUGAAAGUUUUGCCCCGGACCUGUUCCGGAAAAGCCAGGCCCUCGAAACUAUAUCACUUUCUUCAAAUAAGUUGACGCACGUGAUUUCCAACUUACCGAGCUCACUGACGGCAGUUGAUUACUCCAGUAAUGCAAUCGUCACUUUGCAGUCCCAGGCUUUUAAAUCUACACCAAAACUGACGUCACUAUCUUUCCAACAAAAUAAGAUGAGAACAAUUCAAGAUUUUGCAUUUGAUGGUUUGGCUAAAGUGAGUUCCGUUUAUUUCAAUCAAAACGAAAUUGAAAGGCUUUCUAAAUACUCGUUUGUGGGUUUCACAGGGUUAACGACAUUAUAUAUGUCUCAAAACAACAUAAGUAUUGUGGAGAAAGAAGCAUUCCAUCCACUCAUAUCACUUCUAGAAUUCAACCUAGACGAAAACCAGAUAUCAACACUUGAGGACUUGACAUUUCAAAGUAUGGGAAAACUGGUGACUAUCAACUUGAGUAGCAACAAACUAUCAAAUAUAACAAAUAACACUUUCACUGGAUUAAACACGCUUUCUGAACUGGAUAUAUCGAGUAACCUAAUCGAAAAUAUCGAGCCAGGCGCAUUUGAGCCACUAAAAUCGAUUCGUAAUCUACGAAUCAUUGGUAAUCGUCUCCAACGUCUUGUAUCGGAAGUGUUCAGGUACCUACCAGCAGGGACAUCUGUGUAUUUAGCAGCGAACCCUUGGCAAUGUGAUUGCCAUUUGAGGUGGCUAAGGGAAGCUGUUGACAACGCAUCUUACACCAUUGAAUACCCUGAGGCUAUUGGAUGCGCAACGCCAAUGAAGCUUUCUGGAAAGUAUUUCAAAGAACUCAAACCAAGUGACUUUGUUUGCUAGUAUAUAAAUUUCAACAAUAAUUGAACAUAGAUAUAUGCUACAAUAAGUCAGAUCUAACAUAUUUCGGCGUAUUACUGUCAUUCUUAAGUUUAUGUAUAAGUUUUUUUCUUCUUCAACUAAAACAAUUUCAAAAAUAUUUCAAACUACACCUAUAAUUUAGUAUCUUAUGCGGGUUUUUAAGUAUGAAUAAUAUAUGUACGGACAAACAUCUAACAUCGUCAUGAUAGGAUUAGUAUAUUGCAAUUGUUUUAAACAUAAGCGAUAAGACGUAUGUUUUGCUGUGUUUGUGAAUGUGUGUGAAUGUCAGAGCAAGCUAGUGCGUGCGCGUGAGUGGUGCGAGCGUACAUGCGUAUGUGCGUAAAUGUGCGUGUGCUAGUCGUGUACUCGUCAUAUAUCCAUCAUGAGGAAGCCAAAUUCAAAACCAUCUUCAUAACAAUAUCUUUUAUAUACAUAUAAUCUAUAAAUUAAAGGAUCAUUUGUAAUCGUAGAAUGCAGACAGGCAAAAUAAAAGCACUCUUUUGAUUGAGUCCAUUCAUGAGAUUGCAACACCAUUCACUGAAUUAGAAUAUACAGUCAAACCUGUCUAUAAAGACCACCCAUGAGAGAGCCAAAAUAUGGUCUUUAUUGGGAGGUGGUCUUUACUCAAAGGUUAAAAUACACUGUAAAUGUUAAAAUGGGAAAUAAAAGAUGUGGUCUUUAGAACCAGGUGGUCUCUGUUCAGAGGUGGUCUUUAACACAGGUUUGACUUUAGCAAUAUUCAAUGUUCACCUGGUCCAAAAGAACCAGAAAAUAUAACAACACUGAAUCCAAAACGGGGACACUUUUUACAACCACGGAACGGCCUUGAAAGAUGGUUGUUGUGAUAGUAAAUAUAAUCCAUAAAAAGAUCCCUUUGAAGCAUAGAAUGCAACCAAGCCAAAAAAUAAAAGACUCGGUUUCCAUUCAUGAAAGGUAAUGGAAAGUGCAACACCACUCAGACAAAUUGAUAAAUCUCCAUGAUCACAAAGUACCAGAAAAUAUAACAACACUGAAAACAUUAAUAUAUAGUGUUAAAGCAUUAGUUUUUAAUAUAGCACUAUCGUAAUAUUUAGAUAAGAGUAUUAUAUGUUCAGACUUGAUAAAAGUGAUAAUAGAUUCUUGUUUUAAGAAAGACUAAAAUAUUGUUGCACAAAAGAUAACAGGUAAGGGUAGAUUUCUCGAAGCACAGAGCACCACAGACACAGUAACUGUUUCAAACAACUCUAAAGAUCUAACUACGCUUUAUGUUCAAUUAAAAUAUGUUUGAUAGUAAAUGGUGUUUGGCAUGGUAUACCUUCAUGCUAAUCAUUGAUCAGUCAGACAGUAGAUUACUCAAUGUAAGUAAAUCUCUUUUCUUGGCGCCGUACACCUAAAAUUGGUUUGAUGUUAAUGAACCUGCUUCGCGUAGUUUGUUUGUUUUGGGUUUAACGCCGUUUUUCAACAGUAUUUCUGCAUGUAACGGCGGGCAGUUAACCUAACCAGUGUUCCUGAAUUUUGUACCAGUACACACCUAUUCGAAUUCUCCGCAAGUAACUGCCAACUUUCCCACACGAAUCAGAGGUGAAGGACAAAUGAUUUCAGACACAUUUUCUUUUAUCAAAACGUCAGGAAGAACAUACGCCUCGCCGAGGGCUUGAACUCACGACUCCACGAUCCGUAGAUCUGCGCUCCCCUUAUUUAGCUAAGCGGGCGGGCUCAGUUUAAAGCAAGUAUCCUAAUGAAGUGUGCGUAAUUAUGCGACUCACUGACCUCUGGUAUUUCAAACAAUAUGGGCGCCAAUUACAAUUUAUAGCAAUUCAUUUGCAUAUAACCAACGAACUUUAUUCUCAUGAGUUGGAUUGGAGUGACGUUGUUGAUUUAUAAACAAAAUAAUAUCCGAAGGGGCACCUGGAGUCUUCUUUCACCGUCAAAAGCUGGCAGGUUGCCUGCCGUACCACCUAUCAUGUGUCAGCGUGACAUUAAAAAGCAAGAUUUAUUGACAGAAUGACUCUCUUGGUGUGUUUGUAAAAAGAAUGGCAUUCUUCCGAAAGCAUACGGAGCUGAUUCAUAUACUCAUUCUAUAUGUUGAUCACGGACAUUGAGGGCCAUAUAUUAAAGUAAAUAUAAAAUCUAUUGUAAUAAUAAACACCAAAAACAUAUGUAUAUCCUUGGCUAAGAUUUUCAUAUAAGUUAAUUUUUAUCAAUAAGUAUUAUAUGGAGUACAC